AUGAGGAAUGGACGCCCAGUGGGUACAGCGUCUUUAAUGGAGGUGCCUCUCAGCUUGGACAUGCUGACCACUGAUGUGGACAUUUUUAACCUAAAGGUGAACACUAAGUACAGAGUCACUGUUGGAGCGUAUGGUUGGGCAGGUGAAGGCAGACCAAGCAUGCCCAGAGACAUCAGCACUGCUUCACAUGAAAUGUGCAUGCCCCCAUCUCCCCCCACUCAGCCGGUUGUCAUGGCUGUAUCUGACACAGAGCUGGCGUUGUCAUGGCAGCAAGGAGAGAGUGAGGGAAGCGCACCUGUCCUUCACUUCUUGGUGGCUUACAUCAGGCCAGAAAUGGACACGGAGUGGACGUACAUUCGUGAGCCCAUUGAGACUAACUCCAUGGUUUUGAAGGGGUUAUUACCUGAAACAGAGUACCAGUUUGUUGUCAGGGCAGUCAACGUGCAUGGAGCUAGCCCACCCAGCCAGAUCAACAACCCUGUGCGCACUCUCGGUGCAUCAGAUGUUGGCAGUGGUGAUUAUGGGCGUUACAUCACAGAUUCAAGGCUCAAAGAUGAAGAUGGCUUCGACAUUGAUGACUCUGAUUAUGAUAUAUUCAUUGAAGAGUUGAAGCCACUCCCAGUUACCAAUCAGGACAACAAGAAGUCCCAGCUCCGUUCACGCUCUGGUCCGUCGUCUGGUCGGAACGUUGUUUACCGUAUGAACACCAUCGCUCCCUCCAACAUCACUGCCCCUCCUGCUUUCUCCACCACCUCAUCCAUCUUCCGAGACUUCACAGAUCUGGUUUUCUCAACCAGCUCAGAGCCCAGUACCACUACUGACACCACAACUACUGCCCCACUUACCACCACCAGAAUCACUUUCCCAACCACCACGACCACCCCAACCAUGUCCCCCUGGAAAGGUGAGGAACCUCGUGUGUAUGACCUGACCUGCGAUGAUACGGUGUGCCCCCCCGACAGCUUCUGUCUCAGUGAUUACGACAGCGGAGGCUCACGCUGCCACUGCAACCUUGGACGAAGAGGGGACACAUGCUCUGAGGUGGUACCGGUGAACUUUCCCAGGUUCUAUGGAUACUCUCACAUGACCUUUGAACCCUUGAAGAACUCUUACCAGACCUUUCAGAUCACUUUGGAGUUCAAGGCAGACUCUGAGGAUGGCUUGUUGCUAUACUGUGGAGAGAAUGAACACGGCCGUGGAGACUUUACCUCUUUGGCUCUGGUGCGAGGCAAGCUGCACUACAGGUUUAACUGUGGUACAGGAGCAGCUCAAAUAGUCAGUGAGAGUCGUAUUGUUGUUGGUCAGUGGCACACAGUCACCAUCUUCAGAGAUGGCAUGAGCGGCUGGCUGCGUAUGGACAACGACACCCCCAUAUCUGGACGCUCACAGGGCCAGUACACUAAGAUCACUUUCCGCUCCCCGCUGUAUGUGGGUGGAUCCCCGAGCACUUAUUGGCUAGUCAGGGCGACAGGGACAAAUCGGGGCUUUUAUGGCUGCAUUCAAAGUCUGACCAUCAACAACAAGGCCGCAGACAUCAGACCCUGGCCUCUGGGCAGAGCUCUGAGUGGAGCAGACAUAGGUGAGUGCAGUGACAGUGUAUGUGACCUGGUCAGCUGUGCCAAUGAUGGAGUCUGCUUUGCAAACCGUGCCGAUGGCUACAUUUGUCUAUGCCCACUCGGCUUCAGGGGAACACUUUGUGAAGAGAGUUUCUCACUGGCCUCACCUCUCUUCAAUGAGACAGUGUUUUCAUACGCAGUCAUCCCGUGGCCUCAGUCCUCUCAGAGUUAUCUGUCCUUUAUGGAGUUUGAGUUGACAUUUCGACCAUCGAUGCCCCACGGGACGCUGCUGUACAGUGAUGACGCAGGCAGCGGAGACUUCCUGGCUAUCAACCUGGUGGACAGAUAUGUGGAGUUCAGAUUUGACUGCGGCUCUGGAGGAGCUAUAAUAAGGAGUGAACAGCAAAUCGGCCUGGACACAUGGCAUGAGUUGAGGGUAUCUCGCACAGCAAAGAGUGGUAUCCUUCAGGUGGACAGCCAGAGGCCGAUGGAAGGAAUCGCUGAGGGAGCUUUCACUCAGAUCAACUGCAGUUCACCUCUUUAUAUCGGUGGAGUACCAGAAUAUGAUAAAACCAAGAGGACAGCGGGUGUAAUAAAACCUUUCACUGGAAUUAUUCAGAAGCUCAUACUCAAUGACCGCACUAUCCCAAUAACAAGUGGCUCCGCUGGUGGAGUUAAUGUAGCAAAUUCAGCACACCCAUGUGUGGAAAGUCCCUGCGCCAAUGGAGGGACCUGCAGGCCAAAGUGGGAUAGUUAUGAGUGUGACUGCCCCCUUGGGUAUGACGGGAAGCACUGCCAGAAAGCUGUGACUGAAGCCAUCGAGAUCCCACAAUUCAUUGGCCGAAGUUACCUGACAUAUGACAACAGAGAUAUUCUGAAAAGGGUGUCUGGGUCCAGAACGAACCUUUUCAUGCGUUUUAAGAGCACGGCCAAGGAUGGCCUGUUGCUAUGGCGUGGAGACAGUCCAAUGAGACCCAACAGCGACUUCCUGUCUAUGGGCCUUCAAAAUGAUGCACUAAUCUUCAGUUAUAACCUUGGCAGUGGUGCAGUUAACAUUGCUGUCAACGGGACCUUUAGUGAUGGGAAGUGGCACAGAGUCAAAGCUGUGAGAGAUGGCCAGUCAGGGAAGCUGACAGUGGAUGACUAUGGCGCAAAAACAGGCAGGUCACCUGGAAAGAUGAGACAACUCAAUAUCAAUGGACCCCUAUACGUUGGCGGCAUGAAAGAGAUAGCUCUUCACACAAACAGACAGUACAUCGGAGGCUUAUUGGGCUGUGUGUCCCACUUUACACUCUCCACUGAUUACCACUUAGCGCUGGUGGAGGAUGCUGCUGACGGCAAGAACAUCAACACCUGCUCCAACUAGACAAUGGCUCCAAUACCUGAAGGUCCAUUUUCAGCACCAUUUUCAACUGGAGUGAACACCUCGGCCAGCUGAUUUGCCAUCUUGAAACUGACUAACGAGCACCAACUGAAAAACAACUUAAAACAAUUAAAUUUUAGUCCAACAAUCCAGGGCUGACAUUGUAUAAACUCAACUGACAAAGACUAACAACAUUGUUACUGAGUCAUAAAAACAUUUAAGUGGCUCCUGUGUACAAAGUUAUCAAAUCAACUCCAGCCUGCCAAGUUGUACGUUUUAUUUUAACAUUAACAACUUGAUGAAUUGCUCUGUUUCAACACAUGGCAACAGCAAAAACAACCAGAGGAUAUUACAAAACACAAGUACUCUGGAAAAGGAGAGAGAAAAAGCUUAGCGUUAUGGGUAAUGAGGGUCUUUGAAAAACUUUUCGGACAUUUUUUUCAUGGGACGAUUCCAAUUGUAUCGUUUUUUCUACUGUAAAUCCUUAUUUGAUUGCUGGAAGAACCAAGUGAUCCGAGGGAUCAAGAGUCAUCACAAGGGUUUCAGGAACCUGACCUAGAGCAGCUAGCGGAGAUAAACUUCUUUGUAGAGGAUUUUGGUUUGGGCCCAAGAGGGUUUCUGUUGUUUUUCUUGUGGUGGAAUUUCUAUUCUUGUUUGUGAUGUAUUAUCAGUCUGUAGACUACAUUUCUGACAGCCUGAUUGAUGUCAAUUUUUUCAGAGGUUGCUAGUGUUGAAGAGUGUCAGCUGCACACAAUAUGUGUUUCUUUAUACAUUCUUCUUUUAGUUUACAUGCUCCUUUUUUUUGGAACUCUCAGAUGCUAGUCACAUGAAAGUCUGAUGUUGAUACGGUGAAGCAGACAUAACCCUGGAGAAAUUGUAUGUGACAGUCUUACUAUCAUUUGACAGAAACCACUGUGGACUUCAUCCCUCUAGUCGACCUGCUUUGUAGCUUUUGUUUUCACACCAGAGAAAAUACAUUUUCUCGUAUUUAAGCAUUUGCAGUUGAGUGCAGGUUAAUAAAGCCUAAGCUUUACACAAAUACAAUUCUUUUCCCACGAGAGAGCAACACCUUGGUUUCAAAGUUAGAGCUCAGAACAACUCCAGUAAUACAUUGUCAGAUAUUAAAUGAGUCUGAAUUUG